GUCAAGCCACGAAGUCUCUGAUAUGUGACUUUCACUAUCUCUCUGUCGGGAUACAAAUAACCAUUAUCCUUCUCUGCUAGACUAGCCAAAGUCACAAAGUUAUUUGCAACUGUACUCAGCUUAAUCGGGACUAGCGCCGGAAGUCCGCAACGUGGGAACCUAGAAACCCAAGUGUUGAUCAACAACAGCGAGACAGGUCACGACGUACGCAACGAGCCCAUUCUUCAACCCGUCCUACCCUGUCGCCGGCAAACACAAUGUCGCGAAGCCACCGCCCUUCUACCACGCCUAUGGACUUUGAGUGGACGAAUCAAACAGGGCCCAUCGACUCUCAAUCGCCGUUCCUAGCAGCCAGCCAGCAGAAGAAGCGUCCCCACUCAGUACUAGACUCCCCCUCGAAAGGCGGUUUCGCGACACCAAAUCGGCUGCGCGACCCUGACAACCGCAUGACAUACUUCAGCCGCGAUCCCAGCAAGCCAUUACCCUCAACACCAGCGUCUUCGGUGCCGGCACACAUACAACCGAGCCCCUGGUCUAUGCGAACGCCCUCACACGACAUCGACUUCAGCUCCGGUGGAGAGACACCCGGCACGCCCCAAGUAGACAGCGACCCCGGCACACCAGACACGCAAUUGGCGAGCAAGAUGGGGCGGCUAGGCAAUGGCGAUGCCAAAGGCGCUCGGCGAGAAAGCUGGUUCAAGCGAACCUUCAUGUCAAGUCCAAGCCCCACCAAGGAACCCCGCGACAAGGACAUGUCGCAAAAGUACUAUUCCAAGAAGGCUGAGAACCGUAUAGUCAAGCGCCGGUCAGAGCGAUCGCGGUCAAAGAAACGCGCUGCCAUACACGACGACGACGGUGACGAUUCGGACAACGAACGAACACGCCCACCGGUUCCAGCAAAGGAGGCGGGGCCUGUCCAGCAGACUUUCGCCAUGACUGUGGGCGGCUUCCUCUCGUGGGUUGAAGCGCAUCCCAACCUUCCAUCCGUACUAUCUUACUACCUCCAACUCACCGUCAACAUGUUCCUCGGCAGCCUCUUCAUCUACAUUGUCUACUCCGCCUGGGCUGGCGUCAUGACAGACGUCGACAUAGAAUCCUCAAAACACGCAUCCGAAGUAAUGGUCGAAAUUGCGGCCUGCGCUCUAGAGUACAAUCGUAACCGCUGUCGACCCGAAGAAGUCGUGCCAGCCAUGGAGAAGGCGUGCGGUGUCUGGGAGACGUGUAUGAAUCGCGAUCCGAAAAAGGUUGCACGCGCGACCGUGACAGCGAAGACGUUCGCCAUGAUCUUCAACUCUUUCGUGGAAGAGUUCAGCUACAAGUCAAUGAUAUUCACAGCCAUCGUCAUCUUCGGCGGCUUCAACCUCUCAAACUGGGCAUUCGGCCUCCUUCGCUCGCAACAGCAGCAAACACAAGCCCAUCACCAUCAACAACCACAGCCGAACGAUUUCGUACCACAAACCCCGCACAGAGUAACCAGCGGUGGGUACAUGCAGAAUCACGAGAACUUCCCUCCACCGAGUGGCAACUACCAAAGCUACCAGCAGAAUUGGCAGCAAAUACCUCAAUAUCAGCAACAGCACACACCGUACCAGAGCAAUACGCCAUACUCGCAAAGACACAUUGAGGCGCCGCCACUGGUUCAUGCGCACACUAUGCCUGCUUUACCUAGUUCGGCACAAGAAGGAGCGCCUGUGCUGGAUGGUGGCAAAACACCACGGAAACGGGGACUGUUCCGAUAACCGCUCUUUAUCAUAACGAUUUUACUUGAACGUCUUGGUCUUUGUCUGGAUAAGCGUAUUCUUCAUUUCGAUUUCAACUUCUUAGUAUGGUCGUAGGGUAGCCAUCGGUUUGGGUCGGGUCAAAAUGGGUCGGCGAAGCCGGUGUAACACACUUGAAUGUUAUGAUUGUUUAUGUAUCUUCUACUGCUUUCCCUUGUACUCUGUCUUCUUCAAGUUGAUGGUCAAGCAUUCUUUACUCCAUCACCAAGUUUC